AUGUGUCUCAUAGUCCGCUACAUCUGCCAGGUCUGCGGCCAGCCCACAGGCCAACGCGACUACAUCACUCACACGCGCGGUCUACGCUGCGCCAUCCCUAAUCCCAACACCGAACUCGUCACAUUCUGUCCCGGUGAGAUGGAAUGCGACUAUGUGAUGAGAAGCCCCGUUGUCAAGUCCUGGCAGUUUGCUUGCAAGAACUCCAACUGCCUCGCCCAGAACAUGGGAUUUUAUCCUUAUUCCGUCGCCGACGAGCAUCUCGGGACAUCCUUCCUGGACCCACAGUAUCUCGAGGGAGAGAAACACAUCACUCGCCUACUGGAAGUCACUGCUGAGCAGGCCAGAUGGAGAGGCGGAGAGGCUGCCUACAACGACGUCCGGGGCGCUGCCAAAGAAUACGGAGAGGAUAUCUGGGCUCACAUGGAGGAGCGUCGAGACCUGUGGCGCGGCGUGGUCACUCGCCAGCGGCUGGAGCGCAUGCAGAACCCUGGGCACGCGUGGCAGUGGAGUACUUUGGAAGAACAGCUUCUCCGUCAGAAGAUUCGAGACAACAGCCUCAGCUGGAACCAGAUCCUCAAUGACAUGAAGUUUGCAACCGGUGCACAUGGACUGACUGUGAAUGCUCUGAAAAGCAAGGCUUUCAGCAUGAUGUGUUACUUCGGCGACACAGUAUCUCGCCCGAACAACUGA